AUGGGCGAGAACAGCAAGCGAGUCCGGCAGCGAAGCCGUGAGUCUAUUACUCGCGGCAAGUCUAGCCAGGUCUUGGAGGUCAAGCGUCCCAAACUUAGCACCAAUGUGCCUGUCGAUGUCAUCCAGCAACCUACCCCCCAGUCACCGAUGGGCUGGUCCAGCAUGAAGGACUUCCUCAUGACGGAGCUCAGGAGGGAGAUGGGACUUCCCCUGCACCGCCAUCAAUCCAAGGACAACGUCGACGAGAAGAGCGUCAACUUGGCCUGCCCCCUUUUUAUCAAAAACCCGGCAGCAUUCACUCAUGUCCGGAACUCCUGUACUGAUGGAAACAUCAAGGGUGGGAUCGGUAAAUUGAUCGAGCACAUCAAGCGAGUUCAUCUGAGAAGUGACAAGCAGUGCCAUCACUGUGGAGCCCGAUUCGGCUCAAAGCCAGCGGAAUCCAAGUCAUCACACUCGCGCAGCUGCACCAAGGUGUGGUCGCCUCACGAACCCCCAUUGCUCUCGGAAGACCAACAACGUGUUCUGGAGAACAUUUCCGUGAGAGCCAGUGGACAAUCGCUCGACUACAAGUAUCGCCACAAGCUUCUGAUGAAGCUCUACCCCGGACAGGAGGACUGGGCGAAGAAAGUGGAGAUUUACCACGACGCUUAUUCUCCCUGUCUUUUGCCUACGCAACUCAUGUUUGAUGCGAUGGAAAAGGCUGUGGACAGAUGGGAAAGGGGGUACGCCGCACACUACGACUCUGACGGAAGCGAUGCCGACUCGGAGAGGUCCCGCGAGUAUCGGAGACUCUCCGGAUCGAGCCCGAGUGCAUCCUCUACCGAUGCCUCAAGUGCUUAUCCUUCUGCGAGCUCCGGUGGAUAUAGCCGGACCGUCGGAAACGGCAACGGAUACAGCUCACAUCACACUUAUCACAACUCUGGCUACCAAGACCAUAACUGGGGCAUGGACAACAUGUCUCUUGCUACAGACUCUACACAACACGUUACAACUUCCGGAAUGACAUCAUCAUCACGAGAAUCGCGAAAGACCCGAUCAAAGAGUCGGCCUAUCGAGGCUGACUACGCGGGCAUGCAGCUCCCGACAGACUACCAGACUUACUCCCACUCCGGUACAGUGGACGACUUUGACGAACUCAACGCCGCAGGCUUUGAAGCAUUUGAGCCGGUCUUUGACGUCGUCUCAACUGUUCCAUCCGACUACCACUCUUACACCAUGGACACUGACCAGGUCCUCCCCUUCGACUACCCUACUCAAGGUCACUACUCAAAAGACACAAUCAACCCCAAGGAUAUACACAACACUUUGAUCGGAAUGGGAUCGGCGACGAUGCCGAGGUAUCUCAUGGAUAACGAAGAGGACUCUGGCAUUAUACUGCAGGAUACCCAGGAAUAUUUGGGCUUUGCUGGUCAAGCUAGGAGGUCUCAUAGAUAG